AUGCUCAAGCAGGCGUCCCAGGUGCUGUGUGACGAGGAGCUGGCCAACGGCCGCACAGGGGGAGCCAAGAUGGCGUCAUCGGGGUGGGUGGGGCGCGGGGGUGCGGGGGCGUACGCCUGCGCGGACUGCCUUGACGCGCUGCUGGAGGCCCUUACGGCCGCCUUUGCCAGCCGCGAGCCCCUCUGGCGUGACGGGCCCCCUGCCAGCAGGGGGUACCGCCUGUUUGUUCACAAGGAGCGCGUGCAGUCCUACAACGGACUGGUUGAGGCCCCCACGCUGUCCUACUGGUGCUUCGUGCCGGGCGUGGCGCUGCACCGCCUGCUGGCGCGCCGCGUGCGCAGCCUGCUGCUGACCAGCGGCACGCUGUCGCCCCUGGACAGCUUUGCCGCCGAGCUGCAGCUGGGGUUCAAGCACACCCUGGAGAACCCACACAUCGUGGAGCAGCACCAGGUAUGGGUCGGCGUGGUGCCGUCCGGCCCCACGGGUGCGUCCCUCAACAGCAGCUACGCCAGCCGCAGCACCCAGCGAUACCGGGACGACCUGGGCAACGCACUCGUCAACUUUGCGCGCGCCGUGCCCGACGGCCUGCUGGUGUUCUUCCCGGCUUACAGCGUGAUGACGUCAUGCCUGGAGCACUGGAAGGCCCCGCCAGCCCUGGGUGGUGCCAGCGUGUGGGAGCGCAUCUGCCGCUACAAGGCCCCCGUGGUGGAGCCCCGCGAGGCCGCCAGCUUCCCCGCAGCCAUCCUGGACUACAAGGCCAAGCUUGACGACCCGGCCCUGGGUGGCGCCGUCUUCUUUGCGGUCUGCAGGGGCAAGGUGUCUGAGGGCAUCGACUUCUCAGACAGGGCGGGCCGCGGCGUGGUGGUCACGGGCAUCCCCUUCAGCGCCACCCACGACCCCGCGGUCAGGCUGCAACGCCAGGUGCUGGAUGACGAGCUGCGGUCCGGCCCCUCAGGGCUGACGCGCGGCAAGGGCGUGUCUGGAGAGCAGUGGUACGUGCAGCAGGCGGCGCGCGCCGUCAACCAGGCUAUGGGCCGCAUCAUACGGCAUAGGUGGGGUCUCAGGGGGGAGGGGGAUGGGUGCGCGGGCGCACACGGCGGCGUGCGGACAGCCUGGUAG